GCAAUGGAUCGGCGAGCUUCUCGAAAGUAUUCAUUGAACAGAUAUCAAGCGAUGCACGAUAACGAUGGUUUCAAUUGAUAGUGCUGCACACAUGAGCAUACAGACUUGAGUUAAAUGUCCAUGUCCUGUACUUUCGUCCAAGCUAUUCUCUAACAAAAUCCUCAGAUAGCCUUCGAACAACGACCUGAUGCAUAAGUGCCUUCAGAUCACAGAGCUGUUCGAUAUUAUUUGCAGGCGAGUUCUUGUGACCGGGCAACCGCUUGAAUACAUGUCUGGGCGGUCAUCCCUUGCGUCGCUCUGCAGAACUUGUCGUUUCUUCCACGAACCCGCUCUGAAUGUACUUUACAAGUCGCUGGAAAGUUUUCAUCCAUUACUAUCUUGCCUCCCUACAAUCACCAUUAUCGAUGAAACAGGACAGAAAAUGAUCAUGCUAUUCAAAGAGGUACGCCUUUCAGACUGGCGGCGAAUGCAGCACUACGCCAAACGAGUUCAUUCACUGAGGGUUGACCAAGAAGACGUCAUUAUCGACAAGACCAUCCUACAUGCACUGGCUACUUCACCCUUCGCACCCCCAGUGUUCACUCAUCUCAAACGGCUUUGGUGGUCAAAUAAUUCUGUAGAUGCUCUACCAUUCCUAUGCUCCCUAGUCAACGCCAGGUUGGAAUGGCUAACUCUGGACGGGCUAGAUCCAAUACGUUUUCGGCGUAUUGCUCCUCUCAUCACCUCCGCCGGCAACUCUCUCCACGUCGCGCGUUUCCCCCCGGAAUAUAGUAUGAGGAAAAUACAUCCUGACGUGUUCCAGAGCUGGCACAACUUGCAGAAUCUUGACUGCGGCCUAGUCAAUGAUGCGACGUUUUGUCACCUCGCGUCAGCUUCUAAGCUUACGCGUCUCUCCAUUCAAGUUGAUGAGAAGAACGACUACAGUGCACUUAUGAAACUUACCGACCAGCCAGUAUUUACUGUCCUUCAGGAGCUCCAUAUCGCUGCGACCCACACCUCCCACUGUAUCCCUAUCCUUGAAAUCGCAGAGCUACCAUCCUUACGCUCCCUCCGUAUUCGUUCGACGGAAACGGGCUUAACAGAUGUUGAGCUGCAUCAGUGUUUCUACCAAAUCUCACGUCACUGUCCAAGUCUCAGGGAUCUAUAUCUGGAAGAAUGGCAGGUAUCCCCACCGGAAUUCCCUGUUGGCUGUAUCAUCACGUUUGGUGCCCUGAAGACCCUCUUCUCCCUGCGUCAUCUGGAGACACUCCAUCUCGACACAACAUGCACAUUUUCCCUUGACGACAAGGAGCUCGCACAGCUUGCCAACACGUGGCUGAAGUUACGUGCACUUGACCUGGGGACGCGGAACGGCUGGCGCCAACCAAGCAAAAUCACUUUGCAGGGUUUGGCAGAGUUGUUAUGGCGCUGCCCAGUAUUAUCUGUAGUCGGGUUUGCUAUGAACGCCUGGGCGCCAGAUAUCGAUGAUCAACGGCCUGGAGGCGGGGUCCGCAGAAACGGUCUGGAAGUUCUACGAGUGGCUGAUUCCAAAAUCGAUGACCCAUUGUCCGUAGCAGCGUUCUUGUCAGACGUUGCACCUAACGCUGAGAUAACGGGCUACGAUAUCGAGUAUGAGGAGGGUGUGAUGUUCAAUCGGGCGACGAGGUAUCGGGAGAGGUGGGAGGAGGUUGCCAGGCUGCACCCUCUUCUUGUCAACUUGAGGAAGCAAGAAACAGUAGGUUUGGGAUUGGAUGGGUCGUCCAGAGACAAAGAGUAUUAGUAGGACAUCGCUAGACCUGUUAUCGGUUGUGAGUG